AUGGCGAACCGGCCUCGUAGGCAUCCGUCUAUUUAUGCAAGAUUGCAGCAUGGAGAUGUUUGUAACCGUGGUGCUAAGAAGUCAACUGGCGACCAUUCUUCAGCGACUUCCUUAGAGUGGGACACGCAAGUGGUGAAGGGGUCCUCGCCCGUUGACCCCAUGGAUCUUGGGGCGGAGGAGUCUAGAGCUGGUCGGCUGUCGUGGCUGCGGCCGGAGCGGUGCGCGGUGUUCCAGUGCGCGCAGUGCUACGCGGUGCUCGCCGACUCCUUGCACCUCGCCUGGGACCUGUCGCAGCAACUUGGAGCCGUGGCCUUCUCCAAAGUCACAAAUAACGUUGAUUUGGAAGUUCCCUUAUUGGUUGGCGUUGACGAUCCACUCAAAGGCAGCAUUUACAACCUUUUAUCCUGUAAUUCCUGUGGAACUGCCAUUGGUUUCCAUCUGUAUUCCACCCAUGCUACAUUAGCUGCCUUGAGAGGUCAUUUUUGCCUUUCCAGUGACAAAAUAAUGUGCUAUCUCUUAAAAACAAAAACCAUAGUGAAUGCAUCUGAGAUGGAUAUUCACAACAUAACUCUACCAGAAAAGAUUACAGAGCUUAAAGAGAAGAUAAUGUUUGUACAUACUCGUUUAAAUUCACUAAUGAAGAUUCAGAAGGAAGUGAUGCCUGACCAGUCCAAGCCAGAAAACUGA